GCUGUGCAGGGCUUCAUCGGAGAUGAUAAUGAUUCAUAAUGGUCGAAAGCAAUCUCGUAUACAGAUCCCCCUGGUCCCUCGGGCUAGGUGAAGGUCAAAGGACCUGACUUGAGCAGCAAAGAAGUCAAUUCUGGUAAAAGAAUGUGUAGGAGACAAAGCCACAUUUAAUAGGUAUUGAACGCAGUUUUACCCAGAAAAUCGAGUUGUUCUUGCCUUCAUUGAAACUUCCCUUUUCUCAAUUUCUCAAUAUCAAUUCUGCAAUUCGAAUGCUCCUGCUGUGAGAUACCUUAACUUUGUAUUGUCAUCGCUCCUCCUAGUACCUGACAUAUGACGAAAAGAGGAGGGUGCUGAAUAAGCAAAUAACCCCGCGAGUCCGAUUUUCGGAGGCAUCUGACCCACGAAAUUUCGAAUGCGCACCAAAAGUUGAUGAGCCAAUGAACUAUUAGCAUCCUCUCAGCUUGGUAACAUCUUCAAAUCGUGUCAUAUUAGGACAGAAAUCGAGGACUAGGACGAGAUUUAUAAACAAUGGCUUCAUUCCCACCCCCACCGGUCAACACCAUUGACUGGUCUAACGUCGGCUUUCGAGUUCGCGAAGUGAACGGACACAUUGAAUCGCAUUACUCACAGAAGACCGGAAAAUGGACUCCCCUUCAAUUCGUGACCGAUCCCUAUAUCCGCAUCCACGGCAUGGCGCCCGCUUUGAACUACGGCCAACAAGCCUACGAGGGUCUUAAGGCUUUCCGCACUCCAUCAGACGACAUUCAGCUCUUCCGACCGGACCGUAACGCCGCCCGCAUGCAGCACUCCGCCGAAUACAUCUCGGUCCCUCCCGUUCCUACAGAUCUGUUCGUCGAAGCCGUUAAAGCCGCCGUUUCUCUCAAUGCCGAGUACGUCCCGCCCCAUGAGACAGGCGCCGCCAUGUACAUCCGACCGCAGAUCUAUGGAUCCAGUGCGCAGUUGGGACUAAGCCCACCUGAAGAAUACACAUUCUGCGUCUAUGUUCUGCCGACCGGUGUGUACCACGGCACACACCCAGUCGAUGCUCUUAUCUUAGACGAGUUCGAUCGUGCAGCUCCCAACGGAACAGGAAGCGCAAAGGUCGGAGGCAACUAUGCACCUGUGCUGAGGUGGAGCGACAAGGCAAGAACCGAGGGGUAUGGCAUUACGCUUCACCUUGAUAGCGCAACGCAUUCGGAAAUCGAUGAGUUCAGCACAAGCGGCUUCAUCGGCGCCGUCGUGAACGGGGAGGAUGUAACACUCGUGGUGCCUGAUUCGAAGAACGUGAUCCAGAGUGUGACGGCGGAUAGCAUCACAGACAUUGGUCGCAGUUUUGGAUGGAAGGUAGAGAAAAGAUCCAUUAAAUAUACGGAGUUACCGAAAUUCUCCGAGGUCAUGGCUGCGGGAACUGCUGCCGCUCUAGUGCCGAUACGGUCCAUCACCAGGCGUUUUGACCCUACCUCACCGGACUCCAUUUCGUCUGCUGCUGGAGACCACAGUCGUCUAUCAACAGAGGCGGGAUCAGAAAAGGUGACAUAUAUCCCCGAUGCUAAUGAAGAUGCGGGUCCGAUUUGUCUAAAGCUGUUGACUCAGCUUAAGGGCAUUCAGCUCGGAAAGGUCAAGGAUGAGUUCAACUGGUGUGUCGCAGUCGGCCGCGAAGAUGGUACAAAGGUGACUGGAGAGACGAACGGUACACAGAAGAACGGGGAGACUGUCGACCAAUUAGAUUAAUUCAAAGAUCGGGAGUGAUGCCGUAUCCAAAUGGAGUAUGUCCGACAACAAAAGGCUCUGAAAAGUUAAUCUCGGAUUUCUACUUGAUUACACAUUGAUAUAGAGAAAGACAAAAAGGUUUAACCUGGGGAAAAUGUGGAAAUUAGAUAGACGAAGGGUUGAUGCUUUAAAAUCAAGACAUGUCGAUUUGCUCAAUGCUGUUUGGAAGGUGCAAUCGAAUAAAGGCAUAGUUAUAUAAGAUUUCCAUCAGUUAACUAAGUAGAAGUGGGGGUACAAGAAUCUUUACUAAUACAACGUUCUUUUAUACGUCAUUCUACAAUGCCUAUCUGCGGUUUACAUGAUGUGUGAUGUGCUGCACAAUAUACACCUAUCUACAGCUGCCUGAUUUAGAAGUUGGGCGCAUAUACGCAUACUUUCGGGAUAUACUGGAGGAUCUGUUGCGUGUUGUGGUUUUACUUUCCAUGUCUACCUAUUCGGCACAAAUGCUUGCACCAGAUUGAUGAGCUUAACUU